CCGGCAACUAUCGCUAAGCAUGAAUACAUAUGCAUCCAUCGUCCUUACUUCGACGUCAAGUUCGAAGACUUCCACUCCAACUCGGACAGACUUGAAAAUGACGAGUUAUACGAAAAGUAUAGUAAAGGCUUCCACAAAGAGAAAUCAAAGGAGGUUAUUCUCCAGCCAGCUACGAACCAUCAGGAUUGGAAGUGGGUGAUCAUGUGGCAAGGCUGGAAAAUACUCCUAGAUUGCACGAGAGGGGCGAAGUACUGUAAUCCGGAUAUGUUUGGGAUGUAUAUCUCUAAUGAUUGGAAGGGAUGGGGAUUACAGGAGCUUUUGGAAAACCUGAUGCUCGAAUUCGACCAAGAGCUAAAGAAGAGUGAGACGGACUCUCUGGAUCAGAUGUGGGCUAUUGUCAGGGUUAUCGGGUUGUGGUUGAACAAUGAUGACAUGGAUCUCAUUAGUAUGCACACUUCCCAAACUCCCUUCCAGUAUCGGUCAUUGCAAUUAUGCGCUCUUCUUACAGCGCUGAGUGCUAUCAAAUUAAUGGGUGAGCUGAAGCCGGACUCGAAGUUCCUAGAUCUUCCCUUGGUCAUUACUUCCUUCCUUAGAUGGUCAUAUAGCCUCCCCGAUUACGGUAUCGAAGGCGACACUGUUGCGUGGCGUCGAGAUGCUGUGGCGUACUUCAAAACUGCUGGACUGGAUCCGAACAAGGGCGUCUCCAGAACUGCUCAUAUUUUGGAAAAGCUGGAGGAGUCCAGCAAUGAUGAGGAG